ACCCCCCCCCCCGGAUUUUUUUUCUGCCGCAACAUCAUCAUCAUCAUCUUCCAACUUCAUUCCCCCUUCCCUACCCCUCCCCUGGUGGCGUUGAUCACUGCUAGGAUCAAUCACUCUUCAUCAUGGCGGACGGUUUGGAUUAUUUGGCUGCCGACUUUGACCUGAAUUCGCUCACCGUUCCCCGUCUUCGGUCCAUCCUCGUUAGCCACGAUGUUCCCUAUCCAGCCUCAGCCAAGAAGGCCCAACUCAUCAGCAUUCUUGAGACAGAGGUUUUGCCUCAGGCCAAGAAACUUUUGCGCGAACGGGAAAGGGUGAGGAGAACCAGUGAAGGAAUUACGGAUAUGGGUAGUCGCGCCUCAUCAGUUGUGAGCGAUUACAACGAUCAACACUAUGAAUCUGGCAGAGAGUCGAUGCCUCCCCCACCUACUCCCUCGACUGUUUCGACCGCGACGGGCGGUCGCCGCGCACGCACUAAAUUGAGCACGAGAGCAUCGACGGUUGACACGGAGGAUGCCCAUGUAUCAGCCACCCCAUCCACGAGCUCUCGAAGAACGGUCCCCCGGUCGACCAGCAAACGCUAUCGCGCCUCCGAUACGGAAUCGCACGACGACAUGGCGGCAACCCCGGUCCCGUUCAGCACGGCUACUCCCCGAAAGUCGACGACCCGCAAACCACGCAAGAGUGAGAUGACUCCUGCCGCCGCACCACAACCCGAACGCGAGCCUGAACCGAAGACACCCUUCUCAGCAAUUAAGUUGGAACCCAAGGAUGAGAGUGUCUUCACCGAUGACAACCCAUUCCAGAGUGGAUCGCCUGCCCGGUGGGAGCACCGGAGUCCGAGAACCUCGAGUGUUGGGCGGAAGAGCGCCUCGCGAUUCUCACUGAACUCCCCUGCUGCCAGCAUGGGUCUACGGCCUAGGAGGUCCAUGACGCCGGUGGACAUGAACUCUGACUAUGGCUUUACCCCGUCGAAGCGAUCUUCGUUUGAGUUCCCCGUGCCCAAGCCUAGAUCCCCUCAGCAAUCCCUGGAGGCGGUGGAGAACUACGAGGAUAGCGACAGCGAGGUCAGUGCUGGGGAAGAAUUUACGCCCGAGGAGCAGUUGGCGCUUGAGGAGGACCGGGCGCACCUGAUGUAUCCGCCUAGCGCCCCUAGCACCCGGCCCCAAACAGCGCGGACAGCAAAUCGUGCUGCGCCUUGGAUCAUUAUAUUAGCCCUUGUCGCCGGUUUUGGUGCUUGGUGGCGCAAGGAGAAGGUUGAGAUUGGAUUCUGCGGUAUUGGCAAGCCAACCUGGUCAUUGGCAGAUACCCGGGUUCCUGAAUGGGCCAAUGUUCUCGAACCGCAGUGCGAACCGUGUCCUCCCCACGCUUUCUGUUACCCCAAUUUUGAGGCUCGCUGUGAGCAUGACUUUAUCCUCAAGGCACAUCCUCUGUCGCUGGGUGGGCUGGUACCUCUUGCCCCGACGUGCGAAGCCGACAGUGAGAAGGCACGCCGAGUCAAAGCCGUUGCCGAUAGAGCCCUCGAAACUCUCCGUGACCGUCGGGCUAAGUGGGAGUGUGGUGAGAUUGUGCACGGUGACCAAGGAGAAAAGGGUCCCGAAAUCAGUGAAACCGAGCUGAAGCAAGAGGUUGGAAAGAAACGCCGUAAGGGGAUGAGUGACGCGGAGUUUGAUGACUUGUGGAAGGGAGCCCUAGGUGAGGUGGUGGGCAAAGAAGAAGUUGUCACUCGAGUCCAACAACCAUCUUCUGUCCUCACCCUCACGUCCACCUCCGUCAGCCGGCUCCCCCUCACCUGCGCGUUCCGCCGCUACCUCCGACUCUCUCUCCUCGCGUAUCGACUUCCUAUUUCAGUUCUGACUCUCGCGGUAUGCUUGACACUGUAUGUCCGCUCCAAAAUCCGGGCUCGCCGCUCGGAUAUGGCCCGAGUCCCUGAACUUGUGGCCACUACGCUCGAUCGUCUCGCGACACAGGCGGCUCUACAUGCUCGCGGUGCGGCCCGAGAGCCCUACAUCCCCAUUGGACAGUUGCGUGAUGAUGUGCUCCGGUCUGAGCUGCGCGGAAGUCGGCGCGAGGGGCUCUGGAAGCGCGUGCGCAGUAUCGUUGAGGGCAACGCCAACGUCCGAGCUGCGGUGCGGGAGGGUCGCGGUGGAGAUGUUGCGCGUGUGUGGGAGUGGAUUGGGGGGAUUGGCAGCGUCCGCAACGAGAUUGAGAGUAGCGGCAACAGCACUGGCCGGGAUGUGCACCAGGUGCAUUUCGCGCCUUCAUCGCCCGAGGACGGUCGUCUCUUGGCCGCGAGUCAGGAUGCUACCCCGGUCCCUCGAAAAUGGGAUGAAGGUCGGCCCAUCUACUGA